UCUUCAUUAACCCCCCCCCCCCACACACACACACAUACAUACACACUCACUUUCAUGGUUCACUUUUUUGCGAUUCCUCCAUGACUACGAAUGCUUUGAUACCCUUAGUUUUGCUGUUCAACCCUUCGACUACAAUGCAAUAGCUUGCUUCCCAGACUUGCCUUCCCUGUGGUCAAUCCGUUGUGGUCCAAGAAUAUUUUGUGUCUUUGCGUGUUUUCUUCUUUCUGCAUUUGUAUACAACUUUGCAAUACAUUUCAGUGUGGGCUCAUAGUUUAUUCUCAGUAUUUUGAUUUGGAAAAUUAUUAUUGUCAUUGUUUUUAAUGUGGAAAAUGAAAUUUUUAUUCUGGUGUGCAAUAAAAUAAACCCAUUGUAGGAUUACCAUGCUUUUCAGAGGGGAGGUGGUUAGGUGUUGAAUGUUCAGAGGGGUAGCUCACCUAACAAACAUGGGUUGCAGAUGGGUUGUGUGUGAGUCGAAGGGUUAACAAUCCCAUGUGAGCGUCAGUCUAGAUUAUGAAGGGAAAGUGUGCUGUCUCUUUAUAGUAGGGGGAUGAGAAAUGUAAGUGAGAAGAAUUAGAUGUGGUGUAAUUCACCCUCUAAAAAACUGAAUGCUGCAGCCAAUGACAAACAAUAAUGUACACGCUCAUAGAAAGAGUUUUAAGACCCCAGAGGCAGGUAGUGCAAAAUGCUGGGUCAUUUAGGCAUAAUCAACCCCAAAUAUUUUGGUUUAUAUAAGAACAUCCAUAAAUUCAAUGAGUUUUCAUUUGGCUUCCCAGUUUCCCUUUGUCUGGGCUGUAAUUGAUGUGUCUUUGGUCACUCAAGCACCUCUGUUGGCUGGUUAGUCUUGAUAGAUGUGCCAGGUCCUGGGGCCUCAGGAUAGGAGUACUGCACAUUUAGUGAAACCAGCUUUUCUUUUAGUUUUGAGGAUCAUAAUUUCUAGAAAUAGUGAGGUUGAAUUUUUAUAUCCUAUUAUGAAUUUGUAUAAUUUUUUGUAGUCAAUCUUUCUUUCCAUUUUAAUUACACCUUCACUUCUCUGACAGCGUGAGCUUAAAUGGCCUGAGUCUUUCAGGUUUGGUCUAGGUAGAGCUUAUCUGAAGCCUGCAUGUAGAGAGAGCUCUUUGUACAAAGUUGUUGUGUAAAUAUAUUUUUAUUUUACAACUCUCUCUGUAAAAUAGAAAUAUAUUAUCAAGAAAAUUGUGUACCACAAUACCACAGGCCCAUACUAACUGUCCUUAAUUUCUCUCCUACAGCAGUACUGCUUUGCCAGUCCUGUACUGCACUCUGUUAAGGGUGCAGCAACUCAUCCUGUGUAGGUUAUGGGGAACACAGAGAACUAUGCACUUGUCAGUUUGGUCAGGGUCCACUGGCUGCUUGUUUGAGGCCUUUGAGGGGAAGCCCUGCUACAACAAACCUCAACCCCCACGAGCCUCAUUUUUUGUUUGGCUUUUCAAUUUCCAACACGCUCAGAUAAAGAUCUCCAUGCAUUUACGAUGGAAAAUUGCUUCCUAAAAUUGACUACAUAUCUUUGCCUUAUUUUAUCAGUUACCUUUGUCUUGAAAGGAAGUCGAGAGUUAAAUGUAUGAUGACUGAAUAAUAAGUGCUAUGAUGAUUCAGUUUGGCUCUGGCAUGUCAUAUUCUCAUAUUUCUUAGUGUUGGGAUAGAUUUAUCAUUCUUUUUAGCCUAAUCUUUCUGUUUGAAUGCCAGAGUAGAUGGUGACAUUUUUAUAAUGUAGUAAUGCCAUUCGUACAUGUAGCCUCGAAAUCUUGAUUCCAGUUUUAUUAGCUAGUAUAAAGAAUUGGGAAUUGGGACCACAGGGUCUCAUAUCAAUUUUUUUUUUUUUUUUUUUUUUUUUUUUAGUUUUGUGAUUAUGCCCCAGGAAGGUGCUUUGUUUUUUGAGUGCCCUAAAUCAUUGCAACACAGGUGGUAUACUGUUGUGUGUGAGUUCAAACCCUUUUCCAAAGUGUUACUAAUGGUAAAGAGAAAUUUUCUAGGCUUCUUUUCUGCCGGUUGAAGUCUGACUGCAGAAGACCCUUGGCACUGAAAGUGGGGCAAAACGCCGGACCCCAAGCUGCAAGUCAGGUCUUAUGUGGAUGUCAUGUUGGAGCAGAACCUGUCCAAAGAAGAGAGAGAGAUUCGUCUGCAGCUGGCAGAGAAGGCCAAGUCAGGGGACCUGAAAGCUGUCAACGGGGCCGCUGCCGCCCAAGCUGCCACAAAACGUAAGCGUCGCUGGGACCAGACAGCUGACCAAACCCCCUCCAAUGCUACUCCCAAAAAGAUGUCCAGCUGGGACCAGGCUGAUUCCACUGCUGAGACACCAGGACACACCCCUGCACACACACCUUCAAACAGCCGAUGGGAUGAAACCCCUGGCCGCCCUAAAGGCAGUGAGACACCAGGGGCCACUCCCAGUACACGCAUGUGGGACCCCACUCCCAGUCACACACCUGCUGGUGCUGCCACCCCAGGCAGGGACACACCUGGCCACGCCACUCCUGGACAUGGUGGGGCCACAGGAAGUGUACGCAAGAACCGCUGGGACGAAACCCCAAAGACCGAAAGGGAAACACCAGGACACGGGAGUGGCUGGGCUGAAACACCACGCACGGACAGAGGUGAUGAGUCAGUGGGCGAGACUCCAACCCCAGGGGCUAGUAAGAGGAAGUCUCGGUGGGAUGAAACCCCUGCCAGUCAGAUGGGAUCCUCAACACCACUACUUACCCCAGGAAAAACUCCCAUAGGAACACCAGCAAUGAACAUGGCAACUCCAACACCAGGUCACCUGAUGAGCAUGACCCCAGAGCAGCUGCAGGCAUGGAGGUGGGAGAGGGAAAUUGAUGAGAGGAACCGACCUCUCACAGAUGAGGAACUUGAUGCCAUGUUCCCAGAAGGCUACAAGGUUUUGCCACCACCAGCAGGCUACGUGCCAAUCCGUACUCCGGCCCGUAAGCUUUCAGCCACUCCUACACCUAUUGGAGGCAUGACAGGCUUCCACAUGCAGGCGGAGGAUCGCACCACAAAACAAAUGAAUGACCAGCCCUCAGGAAACCUCCCCUUCCUCAAACCUGAUGACAUCCAGUAUUUUGACAAAUUGCUGGUGGAGGUGGAUGAGUCCACACUGAGUCCAGAGGAGCAGAAAGAAAGGAAAAUCAUGAAGCUGCUGCUGAAGAUUAAAAAUGGAACACCACCUAUGAGAAAGGCUGCUCUCCGUCAGAUCACAGAUAAAGCUCGUGAAUUUGGAGCAGGCCCCCUGUUCAACCAGAUCCUACCAUUACUCAUGUCGCCCACCCUGGAGGACCAGGAGCGCCACCUGCUGGUUAAAGUGAUUGACCGCAUUCUCUACAAACUGGAUGACCUGGUUCGACCAUACGUACACAAGAUCCUGGUGGUGAUUGAGCCCCUUCUGAUUGAUGAGGACUACUAUGCCAGAGUAGAAGGGAGAGAAAUCAUCUCUAACUUGGCAAAGGCUGCUGGUUUGGCUACGAUGAUCUCCACAAUGCGACCUGAUAUUGACAACAUGGAUGAGUAUGUGAGAAACACCACAGCCCGAGCCUUUGCCGUGGUGGCCUCUGCUCUUGGUAUUCCCUCUCUGCUUCCGUUCCUCAAAGCUGUGUGUAAAAGCAAGAAGUCGUGGCAGGCCCGACACACAGGCAUCAAGAUCGUACAGCAGAUAGCCAUCCUCAUGGGCUGCGCCAUUCUGCCCCAUCUUCGCAGCUUGGUGGAGAUUAUCGAACACGGUCUGGUGGAUGAGCAGCAGAAAGUGAGGACCAUCAGUGCCCUGGCUAUAGCUGCCCUUGCUGAAGCUGCCACACCUUAUGGUAUUGAAUCUUUUGACUCAGUCCUCAAGCCACUCUGGAAGGGUAUCAGACAGCACAGAGGAAAGGGUCUGGCUGCUUUCCUCAAAGCCAUUGGAUACCUGAUCCCACUGAUGGAUGCUGAGUAUGCAAACUACUAUACCAGAGAGGUGAUGCUGAUCCUCAUCAGAGAGUUCCAGUCGCCUGAUGAGGAGAUGAAAAAGAUUGUACUCAAGGUGGUAAAACAGUGUUGUGGCACUGAUGGUGUGGAAGCCAACUACAUUAAAACUGAGAUCCUGCCCCCCUUCUUCAAGCACUUCUGGCAACACAGGAUGGCUCUGGACAGACGCAACUACAGACAGUUGGUGGACACCACAGUGGAGCUGGCCAACAAAGUGGGAGCAGCAGAGAUCAUUUCUCGUAUUGUUGAUGACCUGAAAGAUGAGGCAGAGCAGUACAGAAAGAUGGUGAUGGAGACCAUUGAAAAAAUCAUGGGCAACUUGGGUGCAGCUGACAUCGACCACAAACUUGAGGAGCAGUUGAUUGAUGGUAUCCUGUACGCCUUCCAGGAACAAACAACAGAGGACUCUGUCAUGCUGAACGGUUUUGGUACAGUGGUGAAUGCCCUCGGGAAGCGCGUGAAACCCUACCUGCCUCAGAUCUGUGGUACGGUGCUGUGGCGUCUGAACAACAAGUCAGCCAAAGUCCGUCAGCAGGCUGCUGACCUGAUCUCCCGCACGGCAGUGGUCAUGAAAACUUGCCAGGAGGAGAAGCUGAUGGGCCACUUGGGUGUGGUGCUGUAUGAAUACCUGGGAGAGGAGUAUCCUGAGGUGCUGGGUAGCAUCCUGGGAGCACUCAAAGCCAUUGUUAAUGUUAUCGGUAUGCACAAGAUGACCCCACCAAUCAAAGACCUGCUUCCUCGUUUGACUCCCAUCCUGAAGAACAGACAUGAGAAAGUGCAGGAGAACUGUAUCGACUUGGUAGGCAGGAUUGCUGACAGGGGUGCUGAAUAUGUGUCGGCCAGGGAGUGGAUGAGGAUUUGUUUUGAACUGCUGGAGCUGCUCAAGGCUCACAAAAAAGCCAUCCGCAGAGCAACUGUCAACACAUUUGGUUAUAUUGCCAAAGCCAUUGGCCCACAUGAUGUCUUAGCCACUCUGCUCAAUAACCUGAAGGUCCAGGAGCGUCAGAACAGAGUCUGCACGACUGUGGCCAUUGCCAUCGUUGCAGAGACUUGUUCACCAUUUACAGUGCUGCCAGCGCUCAUGAAUGAGUACCGUGUUCCUGAGCUCAAUGUGCAGAACGGAGUGCUCAAGUCCCUCUCCUUCUUGUUCGAGUACAUUGGAGAGAUGGGCAAAGACUACAUCUACGCUGUCACGCCUCUGCUGGAGGAUGCACUCAUGGACAGGGACUUGGUCCAUAGGCAGACGGCCAGUGCAGUGGUCCAGCACAUGUCUUUGGGCGUCUAUGGUUUUGGCUGUGAAGACUCACUAAAUCACUUGCUUAAUUAUGUGUGGCCCAACGUAUUUGAGACGUCCCCUCAUGUAAUCCAGGCAGUAAUGGGUGCUCUGGAAGGACUGAGGGUUGCCAUCGGGCCUUGCCGCAUGCUGCAGUACUGCUUACAGGGUCUGUUCCAUCCCGCCAGAAAGGUGAGAGAUGUCUACUGGAAGAUUUACAACUCCAUCUACAUUGGCUCACAGGACGCACUCAUCGCCCACUACCCACAAGUCUACAAUGACGAGAAAAACGUUUACGUCCGCUAUGAGCUGGAAUAUGUCUUGUAAAUACAAAUUUAUGUCCCCUUUUUUCCCCCCCUUCCCUCAGUUAUCACUCUCCAUUGUUGUCUCUGUCUUGGUCUAGGACCGAGUCUGGUUUUAUUUCGUAACUGCUGGUCUUUCCCAGGACAAAACGGUCCCAUGACAGGCACAUUUAGCCUCUUUUUGAUGCUACCUAGUGAGCCUGAAUUAAAAAUGAGUAUGCCAUUAGGAGAAAAAAGAAGGAACUUUGUAGAGCCUAUGUAAUUUUUUUCUUUUUUUAAUUUGUACUAUUUUUGAGUGUUAAUUGUAAGGAAUGGCUGAGGUCAGACAAGCCUCGUUUCAAGAAUGCAGAGCAGUCAUCACAAUGUUUCAGAUAUUUGGAUUAUGUUUUGUUUGUGUGUAUAGAUAGGACUCUGUACCGGCUGCUUCUUUUACACACCUGCUCCUCAUGUCACACUUUUUGUUCUUACUGGAUUGUUGCUUUAUUUAACCAAAUAAAAUGUUUGUGUAUAAAAAUUCCAA